AGAUGAUGGAAAGUGUGGAAUGAGACAGUAGAAAUGAAGAGGAAGCGAGUUGGUAAUUUGUUAUAGCGAUGGUUCAACCACAAUCCCAGUGAGUCACUGAAUGAGCAGUGAUCAGCUUAUAGUGAAUAGUCAAUACAAAAUUACAAAAAGUAGUAGUAGACUAGUAGUUAAAUCCAAAUUGAGUUUCCACUUCCCCCCAUAGGCCAUAAGUCACUUCCAAAACCCCAAAUGCAGGCUGCAGUUGCAGGCACCAGGCAGGAUUGAAUCAAUCAAAUAAACCCUGCGUUGUUCUGACAUUGUGCAGCAACAAUGUUUCCUGAAUCCAUGCCCAAUGCAAUUCCAUCGGGCCAGAUGCUCAACUCUACAACCCGUUCUAAACCUCGCCGGAAAUAUAUCUACGCCGGCAUCGUUCUCCGGCGGCGUUGCUGUCUCCGGUAUUGGCUGAUCUUACCAUUUCUAUACCUUUUAGGUUUAAUUCUUUGUGCUCGCCCUCUUUCUCUCUUCUUCUUCUCCGUUAAUCCUCCUGGUUCUCUUUACCUUAGUCAUCACAUCUUCCACAACCUUCGUCUCCACAUUCUCAACGACUUUUCUCCUCCCAUUCAGUUAUCUACUCUAUGGAAGUAUAAAAAAUUGAAAAUCGAAAAGCCCUGCAAGAUUACUAAUGCAGGAAUGCGAAUGGAAACCUCACAAAAUAAUGGAUAUCUCAUUGUUGAGGCUAAUGGAGGUCUUAAUCAACAAAGGUCUUCGAUAUGCAAUGCAGUGGCUGUUGCUGGCUUUUUGAAUGCUACAUUAGUAAUCCCACGUCUUGAAUAUCACAAUGUCUGGAUGGACCCAAGUCCUUUUGAUGCUAUCUAUGACGAGCAGCAUUUCGUAAACACUCUUAAUGGCUUUGUGAGGGUGGCUCGGGAACUGCCACUGAUAUUGAUGGAACAAUAUGACAACAAUAUCAGCAAUGUACCAAUUAUUCAAGUCCCUGCUUGGUCUUCCAUCAGUUACUAUCUUGAAGAAGUUUUCCCCAUCUUACGGAAUCAAGGGCUUGUUCGCAUAGCUCCUUUCGCCAAUAGAUUGUCAAUGUAUCUUCCUCCCGACAUUCAGUUUCUAAGAUGCCUUGCAAACUACAAAGCCUUAAAAUUCGCAUCUCCUAUAUCAACACUUGCCAAAAAGAUAAUUAAGAGAAUGAUGGAGAAAAGUCCAAGAAUUGACGGUAAAUAUGUCUCAGUCCACCUCCGCUUUGAGGAGGAUAUGGUGGCAUUCUCGUGUUGCUUAUACGAUGGAGGCGAAGAAGAACGAUUAGAAAUGGAUUCUGUCCGUGAAAAAGGAUGGAAAGGAAAAUUUAGACGCAGGAGCUCAGUUAUCAAUCCUGGUCUCAAUCGAAUCAGUGGAAAGUGUCCUUUAACUCCUGUGGAGGUUGGAAUGAUGCUUAGGGGAAUGGGAUUUGACAACAAAACAUUGAUCUAUAUGGCAUCAGGGAAGCUAUAUCAAGAGGAGAGACAUCUAGCUCCCUUGUUAGAGAUGUUUCCGCUUCUAUAUACCAAGGAGUCUCUUGCGACCAAAGAAGAGCUUGCUUAUUUUAAGGGCUACUCAUCUAGAUUGGCUGCUUUGGACUAUGUAGUGUGUUUAUUUAGCGAGGUUUUCUUGACAACUCAGGGUGGAAACUUCCCACAUUUUCUCAUGGGUCAUCGCAGAUAUCUUUAUGGGGGACAUGCAAAGACUAUCAAACCUGACAAGCAGAAACUUGUUCUUCUCUUCCACAACACAAGCAUCAGUUGGCAAGAGAUUAAAGAUCAGGUCAAGGGGAUGCUUGUAGAAAGCAACCGGGAAGGGCUUAUGAUGCCAAGAAUAAAAAAAUCUAGCAGGCACAACUCAAUUUAUAAGUACCCAUUUCCACAGUGUAGAUGUCUUCAAGAAGGUCAAAAUCUUACAGUAAAUCUAGCAAAUGUGGGUAAUGUGUUGGAUGAUCAGCUGAAGCUCAUUAUUUGAUGUGGGAACUCUUGCAAUAUUUCAGCAUGCUGUGCCAAGCAUUUAUCCAUUUAACAAGAAUAUAAUUAAAUAAAUAUAGCACGGGUAUGUGAUCAGGUGUGAACUGCAUGUCUAGACGAGGCCAUUAUUUGAAGAUAUCCGUAUGAUUUUGGCCGAGUUUGAAUGUCCAAGUAUCACACCAUGUGCCUAGGUAUUAUACUUUUCAACACAAUUUUUAAGGUGCAACAGGAAUUCGUUGCUGAUAGUUUCGUAGCCGAGGUAAUCUGGACAAAUUGGGUGUCUGGUAUAGUCUGCUGACUGCUCUGGUGCAGGUGCGUGAAUGUCUAUUAAUAAUGAUGCAUUUGGAAGUAGUUGAUUAACAUAGAAGUUGCUAAAUUGGAGCAACGUCUUUGAGAUGAGAACCCCGGAGCAUUUUGAUGCUUUUUAUGUUUGCUAGAUGAUGUGCAUUAAUGGUUACUUUGCCUUUUAAAAGGCUUAUGCUAGUCUCCAUUUUUGCAGUAGUGGCUAGGACAUAUUUUCUUUGGUCCAAUUUUUUUAUGGCCCACUGGAUCAAAGGCCCCUGUAUUGUUAUUUUUUUUUUGGUUAGUGUAAUCAUGAAAUAGAACAAAAUAGCCUUGACUCAUAAAUUUUGAUGCUUCCUUAUCUCCAUCAUUUAUAUGGUUGCCAUCAUAAAAGUUAUGAAUGAAGCUUUGAAUGUUUGGCAUAAUAA